UAGAUACUAGUAGAAAUGUCAGUACAAUGUGAAUUUAACUUAUCACGUAGUGCAGCUGUUUACUAUUCAGGCGAGGAAAUUUCAGGUUCAGUUUCUGUGGCAAUCUAUGGCAAAAAGAGAAUUUCCAUUGAAGCCACAAGCGUAACUUUCUUUGGUUCCUCAACUGUUCACUGGACGGAACCCUUGACAGUCCCAGAAAUUGAACACAAUGACAGUUCUACAAGCUUGGAGUGGGAUAAGAUGGAUUACACAGGAUCCAAGGUCCACAUAAAUGAAACAAAAAAGUUGACUAGCCGACUAGAAUUGCCUACUGGCAUCACGCAUCUAGGGUAUUUCGUGUUUUUCAUUCCCCAAAACUUGCCUGCAUCCUGUCGAGUAUCCCUUGGUAGGGUGGCCUAUACUCUAAAAUUAAGAAUUGACAGAUGUGGGAAAUAUAGCAAGUGCUUUGAAAGACACUUGGUGAUCAAACGACUAGUGGAGUUUAGCGGUUUCAAGCCAGAUUUUAAAGAAGAUUCCAGGUUCGUAUUAUCUCUUCCACGAAGUGUCUUCGUACCCGGGCAGAGCAUUAGCUAUAAAGUCCAGACUAAGGACGAAGUUCUGGAUUCAAUCACACGAUUAUGUCAGUGUAUCAUUUACGAAAGCCAAUCUCCAAAAGUCAAAUUAAAAAAAGUCACACGCUGUUUAUCAGAGUGUAGACUUAAUACAAGUAUGCUGCUCCUGCCCCUCACAGUUCCCAUUAUGACUUAUGAAGAACAAACAGGCCCCAUAAGUAUAAGUUAUUAUGUGGAGACCUUGAGUUAUGGUCAUCGAUCUAUUAGUUUACCUAUUUACGUAGCUACUGCAGCUCCGCCAGUGUACUCUUCAACCGAAAUCUCAAGCCUAUGUUAUACGAAUCCAGUUUUCAGUUCUUUCGAUGUACUCAUGCCGUUUAAUAAGCUUACAACCAACAGAAGCUCCCUGGAAAUUGACGAACCAGCGCUGAAUAAACACUGCGAGCUUAUCGACUUACUUAGGUGUACGAAAAAAAAACGGUCGAACGUGUAUUUAGCUUUACGUUGUUUGUUUAAAAAAGAUUGGUCCUGAAACGUUCAUAAGUUUACUGUUAAAAUAAAUACAAUUAAAAAUU